CCGCUGGAGUAACCGUCGCCCCACUCGCAGACGAAGAAAAGAGUUGGCAGCGCGCGGUUCAUGCCACAGACAAAGCGGAAGAGUAACUCCCAUCGCAGCGGAAGAUUCUACUUAUUUCGUGCCGUGACAAAUGGGAUUUACUGGGAAGCUAUAGUGAAAUAAAGCCAGCAGAAACGGUUCUUUCCCAGAAGAAGAACCGGAAAGUGUACCCGAAGCAAUUCGCGGAGACUAAACCGAUGAGAAUAGAGCAGAACACAGCCGAAACUAGCAUUUGGGGGGCCAAGCUACGUUCAACUGAUAGAUAAAUCUCCAUAAAUCAAAAUAUCAAAUAACCAUCGACCACAAGACAAACUGUGCAGUGCCACCGGUGGACCCACCAGCAACACUUGCAUUUUCCCCACGUAUAAUCGCCCAGCAGCUCCCGACUGACACACAUUUGAUGAGAACAAACAGCAAACUGAAAUAAAUCAACCAAAAUAAUGUCAACGAAAUCAAUACAAGGCGGCAGCUGCAGCAGGCUGUCGCUGCUGUUGCUGUUGCUGCUGCUGCCGACGCUGCUGGCAGCAUCCACAGGCCCCAAGCAGCGUGCCCGAAUAGCGAAGAGUCCCAGCGACAACAAUGCAUCGAUGGUCGAGGCCACGUCAAAGGCAGCCUCCACAGCAGGGAAAACAUCCGAGGGCGGCGGAAGCGGGAGCCGUGGCAACAAUGCCAAAGCUGGUAGCAAGUAUGAGAUACGCGGCGUUGCCGGUGAACCACAUUACAAAUCGGUGAAUCUGACCUGGGAAGUGGAGUUCGUGCCGUCGGCCGCUGACACAGAUACGAAUGGAGACGGAGUUGGAGACAAAGACGGAGUCGGUGCCACUGGGUCCCCAGUGAAUGUGACAAAUAUGAGCAACGAAGUGGAACCGCCCAAGGCAUUCCAGAUCUUCUACUGCGAGAUGCAGAACUACGGUCCGCAGCGGUGCCGCGUGAAGCUGGUGAACGGCACCACCGCUGAGGUGGCUGCCGAUGCCGAAGACCCCAUAGGAUUGCAAGUCCAGCACUUUAGCGCUGCCGUGGACAACCUGAGGAUGGCCACUAGGUACAGCUUCCACGUUCGCCCUGCCACCCAGAGACGCCUCCAGGUGGGUGGUGCUCGCAGGCCGAAUGCACGCGCCGAGGUCCAUGACGAGAACGAGAUCGAAAGUGCCGCCUCUGGGCACCUGCCCGGCCAGAGCAUCAUCAUUCCCACGAAGGGUUUCUCUGCCCAUGCCACGCAAUGCCUGCCGCAUGCCUCGGAGAUCGAGGUGGAGACGGGCCCCUACUUCGGCGGACGCAUCGUCGUGGAUGGCGGCAACUGCGGCGUGAAAGGAGACGCCAGCGAUGCCGCCGAUAAGUACACCAUGCGGAUCGACCACAAGAAGUGCGGCAGCAUGGUCAAGCCGGAGACCAACACGGUGGAGACCUUCAUCACAGUGCAGGAGAACCUGGGCAUCUUCACGCAUAGCACGAGGCGCUUUGUGGUGGUCUGCAGCUACCAGUCGGGCAUGCAGACAGUGCGGGCCAGCUUCACUGUGCCCGGCAAGAAUGGUGUGGCCGCCGCAUACGAGCCCAACGAUCCCUUCGAGCCCGACGACGACGACCAGCGUCUGGGCAGGGAGCUGCGGCAGAUGCGCUACGUCAACAAGAGCGAGCUGGUGCUCAGGGAGUCCGACUCCGAGGCGGAGUCCGUGGAGCAGGCUGCUCUUGUAGAGGCGGCACAACCGCCAGCGACGGAGGAGAGUGCCCUUCCAGCAGUCCAGGCCCACAACAGCAGCAACAGUCGUCAGCAGGGACGCGCCCUAAGCCUGGCCAGCCUCAAGGAGGUGAACAGCCUGGCAGAGGAGCCGGCUCGGGGUCAGACUCUGGAGCAGGUGGGCACCAAGUAUGCCAAACUGGUUGUCGACCAGACGCCGGGACUGGCACAGAACUCCUGGAGCUCGGCCAGAUCGCGACCCGCCCAACGCGAGGCUGGCCCAGACGAUGGCGAUGGAGAUGACUAUGACGACGAGGUGUUUGCCCCCACACUGCGUUACAUAAGCUCGAAUCUGAGCAGCGUGCUGGUAACUGUUUCCAUAUCUGUGAUAAUCAUCAGCAUUUGCCUCGUUCUGGUGCAGCGCCAGCGGCUGCGUCCCAAGACUCCGGCAGGCCACCGCUUGUCCACAUCGUCGAUGGCCCCCCACCUGCCGCACAAGACGCUGCCCCGCGCCUUGCAGCAGCAGCAGUAUCAGUGCACCUUGUAGGUGCCCCUCCACCCAUCCCCACACUCCACACUCCGCACCACACA